ACCACCCAUUGUAAAACCACCUCCUUAUCCGAAACCUCCAGUUGCCAAACCACCUCCCCAUCCCAAACCUCCUGUUGUCAAACCACCUCCCCAUCCCAAACCUCCUGUUGUCAAACCACCUCCCCAUCCCAAACCUCCUGUUGUCAAACCACCUCCCUAUCCCAAACCUCCUGUUGUCAAACCACCUCACCUAUCCCAAACCUCCUGUUGUCAAACCACCCUCCCUAUCCCAAACCUCCUGUUGUCAAACCACCUCCCUAUCCCAAACCUCCUGUUGUCAAACCACCUCACCAUCCCAAGCCUCCUGUUGUCAAACCACCUCCCCAUCCCAAACCUCCUGUUGUCAAGCCUCCAGUUGUCAAACCACCUCCCCAUCCCAAACCACCAGUUGUACUGCCUCCACCAUAUACCCCGAAGCCCCCGGUUGUACUGCCUCCACCAUAUACCCCGAAGCCCCCGGUUGUACUGCCUCCACCAUAUACCCCGAAGCCCCCGGUUGUACUGCCUCCACCAUAUACCCCGAAGCCCCCGGUUGUACUGCCUCCACCAUAUACCCCGAAGCCCCCAGUUGUACUGCCUCCACCAUAUACCCCCAAGCCCCCAGUUGUACUGCCUCCACCAUAUACCCCCAAGCCCCCAGUUGUACUGCCUCCACCUUCACCACCUGUUGUAGUGCCAAGCCCACCAUCAACACCAACCCCAACCCCAGUUGUCCCAGUGAAGCCUCCUCCACCCACUGAAACACCAUGCCCUCCUCCACCACCAAAGGUAGUACCACCCCCAACAUCACCACCUCCAAAGUCGCCACCGAAGGACACGUGCCCCAUCGACACCUUAAAGUUGGGAGCUUGUGUAGAUGUGCUGGGUGGACUUAUCCACAUUGGAAUUGGGAGCAGUGCCAAAGAUGCAUGUUGUCCGGUGCUUCAGGGACUGGUGGACUUGGACGCUGCUAUUUGCCUUUGCACCACGAUCAAGGCUAAGCUUCUCAAUAUCAACCUCAUCAUCCCCAUUGCUCUUCAGGUGCUCAUUGAUUGUGGGAAGACACCUCCCUCUGGAUUCCAGUGUCCUGCAUAGGUGAUCAUCAUGUCAUAUUCCUAAAUCACAGUUAGUGGUUGUUAAUCAUGUCGUCAUUUAGCAAUAUGUGGCGCCACCUAGCCAAUAAUAGCAUGUCAAAGCGUGGAAGUAAAAACUGCUUCUUAAGGAUAAAUAUCUGUAAUUUGGUUUUGUUUUGCUUAUUUGAAGAGUGCAUCAGGUCGAUCGAAACACUGUGGUAAUUAAUUAAGUCAUGUUAAUUUGGUGAGCUGUGGAUGUUUCUAUUUUGGAAUGUUAUAACUUGAGCUUAAAGAACUUGAUUAAUUCACUGUUAA